CCCGCCGCUCCUUCUGCAACCACUUUCUGCUUCCACAGAGGAGGGCGGGUGUUCUCUUCCUAGGGCAACUGUAUUUGGAAUACAAAAAGUAGAACCUGAGGUCCAGUAAAAAGUAUUUUCCUGUGAACGUGGCGUUAAAGUCAGUCAUGUAGAACCAGCAGUAUUCGGGACAAGAGCCUCAGCCUGUGCUCAUGACCACCUGUUCUAAGCAUUUGCAGGGCCCAGGAAGUUAAGCUGUUCUUCCAUGAGUUGGUCACCAAGACUGUCUACUGCGGCCCUUUCUGAACCUCUGGCUGUCUGGAAGCUCCACUGUGCUCCUUGCCAAGAUGAAGUGCGUCUUGGUGGCUACAGAGAGCGCAGAGGUCCUCUUCUACUGGAUAGACAAGGCGUUUGAAGAAAGUCUGCGACUGAAGUUUGGCCCCACAGAGCAUGCAGAAGAGCAGCUCCCCGCCCUGGAGGACCAGCUCAGCACCCUCCUGGCCCCGGUCAUCAUCUCCUCCAUGACCAUGCUGGAGAAGCUCUCAGACACAUACACGUGCUUCUCCACAGAGAACGACAACUACCUGUAUGUGCUUCACCUGUUCGGAGAGUGCCUGUUCAUCGCCAUCAAUGGGGACCACACGGAGAGCGAGGCAGACCUGCGCCGGAAGCUGUGUGUGCUCAAGUUCCUGUUCGAGGUGCACUUCGGGCUGGUCACAUUGGACAGCCAGCUCAUCCGAAAAGAGCUGCGGCCCUCAGACUUGGAGCAGCGCGUGCAGGUGUGGGAGCACUUCCAGAGCCUGCUGUGGACCUACAGCCGCCUGCGGGAGCAGGAGCAGUGUUUUGCUGUGGAGGCUGUGGAGCGACUUCUUCACCCCCAGCUCUGUGAGCUGUGCAUCGAGGCGCUGGAGCGGUGCGUCGUGCAGGCCGUCAACUCCAGCCCUAGGCGGGCGGGCGAGGAGGCCCUGCACGCCUUCCUGCUCGUGCACUCCAAGCUGCUGGCCUUCUACUCCAGCCACAGCGCCAGUGCCCUGCGCCCAGCUGACCUUCUCACCCUUGUGCUCCUGGUGCAGGACCUCUACCCCAGCAAGACCGUGCCGGACGACGAAGACACACAGGUUUCCUCGCCCAGGCUCCGGAGCAGCCGGAACAUCCCCGUGCAGCAGGCCUGGAGCGCCUGUUCCAGGGCCCCGACCGGCAGGAGCUCUGCAGGGAGCAGGUGUGCUGGCGCCGAGGGCAGAGGCAGGGCCUGCUGGGACAGCGGCAUCGAGCCCUCCCCCUCCUCCCAGGACACAGACAGCGUCUCCCUCCCUGAGGAGUACUUCACGCCCGCUACUUCCCCAGGGGGCUGUUCAGGUAGCAUCGUCUGGCUAGAAGAGGGCACCCCACCCACUGAUGCUCCCCACAUCCAAGUCGCCGAGGACUCCCUGCAGACACUGAUGCCUUGUGCCCCAGCACCUUCCAGCCCCCGGAGGAUCUUCCUGGAUGCCACUGUGAAGGACAGCUACUGCCCUCUGGUGCCCCACACCUUGUACUGCUGGCCCUUGUGGCCAGGCAUCAACAUGGUGCUCCUGACCAAGAGCCCCAGCACGCCCCUGGCCCUGAUGCUGUACCAGCUGCUGGACGGGUUUUCCCUCCUGGAGAAGAAGCUCAAGGAGGGGCAGGAGGCCGGGAGCUCCCUGCGGUCCCACCCACUCGUGGGCGACCUGCGUCAGAGGAUGGACAAGUUUGUCAAGAAUCGAAAUGGGCGGGAGAUUCAGAGCGCCUGGCUGGAGUUCAAGACCAAGGCCCUCUCCAGAAGUGAACCAGGAUCUUCCUGGGAGCUGCUCCAGGCGUGCAGGAAGGUGAAGCGGCAGCUCUGCUCCAUCUACCGCCUCAGCUUCCUGCUCACAGCUCCAGGCCAGGGCGGCCCCCAGCUGCCGCAGCCCCUGCAGGACCAGGUCCAGACGCUCAUGCAAGAGAAGCUGAGGGACUGGAAGGACUUUCUGCUGGUGAAGAGUAGGAGGAACAUCACCAUGGUGUCCUACCUCGAAGACUUCCCUGGCUUGGUGCACUUCAUCUACGUGGACCGCACGAGCGGCCAGAUGGUGGCCCCUUCCCUCAGCAGCAGUGAAAGGACCUCCUCUGAGCUGGGCAAGGGGCCCCUGGCCAACUUCGUCAAAAGCAAGGUCUGGUCUCUGAUCCGGCUGGCGCGCAGGUAUCUGCAGAAGGGCUACACCUCACUGCUCUUCCGAGACGGGGACUUCUACUGCUCCUACUUCCUGUGGUUCGAGAACGAGCAGGGGCAUAAGCUCCAGAUCAUCGAGGUGCCUGUCCUCUCCGAUGACUCGGUUCCGGUCGGCAUCCUGGGCGGGGACUACUACAGGAAGCUCCUGCGCCACUACAGCAAGAGCCACCCGACCGAGACCGUGAAGUGCCACGAGCUGCUGGCCGUCCACCUGUCAGUGGUCCCCACGGACGUGCUCGUGCAGCAGGCGGGGGAGCUGGCCCAGCGCCUGUGGGAGGCCUCGCGUGUGCCCUUGACUUAGGCAGUCUGUGCCCCUGGUUCUCCAGAACCACCCUGCCUGCCAGCGUCCCCACAGCCAGCGCCGCCCCCAGCCCUGCCGGCCACUUGCGGCCGGAACGGGCCUGCAGCUCCACCUGCUAGCCUCUGCGCUGGCAGCGAGCCUCAGUCCUGCCCUCCGGAGGACAGGGAGGUCAGGGCCUCCCUCGGUGUACUGUGGGCUCAGCCCCCUUUCAGAGCUGCAGCUAUUGCCCCCCAGUCGGGAGGAGGAAGUCCCCGGGGCCUGCCUGCUGUGCUCCAAGCGGAACACGAGCUCCCUCAAGGCUUUUCCCUCCCCACAUUAAACUUGCGCUAUUGCCUGC